UGAAAAUCUAGAAAGAAAAAUAAUUCAAAAUUAUAAUAAUAUAUUAUUAUACAAAAGAUGCUUAUAAUAAUAUUACUCGAGAUCACAUUUUCGUAGACACGGGGGAAAUUUGGAGUAGACUUUUCGAGCAUCGUCCAUUUAUACAAGGUGAAGUAAAUUUCUUUCUACGAGAAUUCCAGGAAAAGAGAAACGAUAGAGAAGUGGAAAGACUUUUCAAAAUUCUUGAAUAUUCAACCGAACUAGAUCAAAAUCAAUUGCCCCGUGCAGAGCAACUAGGGGAUUGUCAUUUGCCAAGUUUAAAAGCAAACAUUGAUGUUGCGCUUAGUAUGUGCGAAAGGGUACUUCAAAGACAAGAAGAAUUUAACAGUGAUCUUGCGUUGCAACAUAACAGAGAAAUUCGUAAAGCAGAAUGGGAAAAGUUUAUAAAUGAUAUGAGUGACAAAUGUCAAAAAGUGGAUAAAGCUUUUCAGGACAAAGAAAACGAAAUCAAAGAAUAUUAUAUUGAUUUAGAAAAAAAGUUACACAUUACGCCUUGAUUCGAUCAAUAUCUAAAAUUUACUACUUCCAAAUAAAUUCUUAGAAUAGUAACAGCAGUGCCACAUAUAUAAAUACUAAAUAUUAUUAAAAUACUAACAUUAUUUUUUGAAAAAAUAUCUAUAUCAUAUUUAAAACAUAAAAAUGCCUAUAGAAACUAUUGAUGAUCCUUCCUUAUGCCUGAAACCAAAUACAAAAUUAAUAGACUUUGUUUGGAAAAAUGUAUCCGAUGUAAAUAAUGCUCCGCCUGGUAUCGUUAGUUUAAAAAAAAGUAGUAGGAAAAAGUGCAACGACGUUCUAUUAAAAUUAAAUGAUAUUAAUUGGUUAAAUAAAUAUUUAGAAGAGUAUAGAAAUAUUACAGCUCAAAAGGUAUACUUGCAUGAAAUUUUAGAAGACGUUGACGUAAUAUUGCCAACGCCCAAAAUUACACCUAGAAAUCCUGAAUUGGAAGCAAGGAUACAAAAACUUACGGCACAACAAAAUGAAAGAGAAUACAAAGCUAUGACCAAAAGUAUUGAUACAACACGUAAAGAAUUACCAGAAGAUACGAUAGCUUAUCAAAUGAAGCAAAUAAAUAAACAACUGAUUGCCGUUGUACAAUUUAUCUUCUCCGUACUAGCAGGAUUCACAUUUGGUUUUAUUGGAGUAGAAUUAAUAGUUGGUAAUUUAGAUUUUGGAUUUAGAUUAUUACUAGGCAUAAUAUGUGCAUUGGUAAUUGCUUUAGCCGAAAUCUAUUUUCUGGCAAUUAAAUUAAAUGAAGAUUGUUACGAUGCAUUCUCAAUGCCUAAGCUCAAAAAAUUACAUCAAGAGUAAAAUUGUUUAAUUAGACAAGAAUAUUUUGUAUUUAUACAUCAGUGUAUAAUUCUAAUAAUUAGAAAUCAGAAUUUUAUUUGUUGUUACUAAAAAAUAUUUAUAUGGCACUCAUAAUAUUUUAUAUACUUUUAAAUUAUUUAUAAUAAUAAUGCAUUAUAUGAUAUCAAUAAAUGAGACAAAAUUUCAGAGAAAGCAAAAUAUAAGGCUAUGUAGACAUUGCAUACUGCUUUUCUUUGCUUUUAAUUUAUUAUCGAAAUUGUCACUUUGUUAAAAUAAAUAGAUACAUUAUACAAAA